UAGUACACUAGAGGCCGGCGAUAACCGCCUGGUGCAGUUGCGUGAAUUUCGUGAAUUUAUUAUAAAAUUUCAACAAUUGUUAUGGAUCUGAAGCUAAAUGAUGGCAGCCAGCCGCAACAGCCGCAGCCGCCCAAUCAGCAUCCAUUGGCGGAUUAUCAUUUCAGCCAAGAGGAGCUGAAGGCGUUACGUGAAUGCAAUCAGGAAUCGUUUGUGCAACGCUCGCUCCCCUUCGGCACCGGGCUGGGUCUGUUGGCUUACUUUGGCGUCAAAAAUGGCUACAUUCAGGGCAACGGCAAAUAUGGGGCAGUGCCCAAAGUUGUGCUGGGCGUCAUCCUAGGCUAUUUCGUAGGCAAGUUCAGCUAUCAGCAGAAGUGUGCAGAGAAAAUCAUGCGCUUACCCAACUCGCGGUUGGGUGAACUGUUGCGACAGCGGCGGCAAGGCGGCGGCGUCAUUAGCACCAUAACACCGGAUGAGAAUCUGGGACGCGCCUUCACCUUGGCGCCCUUUUCGCCCAGCUCCGCGGAUGUCUACACCGAUGAGGCCUACCAGCCAAAGAGAAGCACCGCUCUGAAUUUGGAUACUGAAUCCCGGCCCACGCUUGCUGGAUUAGAUGAUAUCUACAGGCCGACACUGGAUUCUAACACUAUGGUGGACACGGAUCUGCCUCUAGAGCCGGCCAAGCCCGGCGAGAGCUACGAGGAUUUGCGUCGCAAGAAUCGCGAGGAGUACGCAAAGCAUCAACAGAGUGCCUACUCCAGGCCCUACGAGCCCAUACCCCAACAGCAGCAGCAGCCGCCCCAACGACCCCUGGCUCAAGAGCCCGUUCAAGGCAGAAAGAACAAAUACGGUGAUUCCUGGACAGAUUAACUAGCAUUCGAUCUUAUAAAUGCAGCGUCAAGUCUCUUAAAUUAAAUGCAAUUGUUAAUUUAAACGCUGAUAAUGCAAAGCGUAAUACACAAAACGUUACAAAUAUGUUUGUUAAUAAUUUUAUAAGCGAAAAGAUCUGAAAUUUGUCAAUAAUCGUUUAAAAUGUUAAGCUUUAUGUGCAAAGUUGUAUAAGAGAGCCAGUAUAAGAGUAAGAGUAUAAGCUAGACUCAGCUACUGUCAAAUCUCGAAUAUGUAGCGACAAUUU